CCCCUGAUAUACAGGUGAACGGGUUAUCCGCUCCUGACACACUGGGGUUUUUUACUCGGGUGAUAAAGUGACGGCCCGGUAUUCACGUACCGGCUAGGUAUAUACCUUAGCCGUGAUACAAUUACGCCAUUUGCGUACCUGGCCGAUCUCAGGUUACGUAGAUUCCGUAAAGCACAUGCCCCCGCCCCCUUCCUCUUUUGGAUUCUCGGCCACGCCCCCUCCGCCUGGGCUGGUCCGUACACACGAAUGUAAACCUGGCCCCAGGAAGAUGGCGGCUGCGGCGGGGAGUCGGAGCUCGUCGUCCGGUUUCAGCGCAGCCCCGGGCGGCGUUGCAGCUCCCGGCAGUCCGGAGACGGGGCGGCAGCAGCUGCAACAAGUCGGUGAAGUGGAAACCGGGGCCGGGGAGUCCGGCAGGGCGUCGGCAACGGCGGACUGGAGGCGGAAACAGCUGCGCAAAGUGCGGAGUGUGGACCUGGAUAAGAGAGUAGGAGAGACGGAGCCCGGAGCAGGGGGCAGCGGGGAGACGGAGCCCGGCACCGGGAGCAACGAGGCCGAGGAGCUCGGGAGUAUCAGCGCCGGCCGUGACAUGGAGAAUAAAGAAACACUCAGGGGGCUACAGAAGAUGGACGACCGCCCGGAGGAGCGCAUGAUCAGGGAAAAACUCAAAGCCACCUGUAUGCCGGCCUGGAAGCAUGAGUGGCUGGAGAGGAGGAGCAGACGGGGCCCUGUGGUUGUGAAACCAAUCCCAGUAAAAGCUGAUGGUUCCGAAGCUUCCAAAUCGGACUCCUCUGUGGAGGGGACGGUGAACGGGUCUGGGCACACGGUAAAGGGCCGACGCAGUCCAUCUCCGAGCAGCUCUUCCGGCUCUACAAAGUCAAAGCCGGAGUCUCCAGGAGUGCGCAGGAGAGGCGUGUCUCCAGUCCCUUUUCAGAGCGGUCGUGUCACCCCGCCCCGGAGGGCUCCUUCUCCUGACGGGUUCUCGCCCUACAGCCCCGAGGAAACCAGCCGACGGGUCAACAAAGUCAUGAGGGCGAGGCUGUACCUACUGCAGCAGAUAGGACCCAACUCUUUUCUGAUUGGAGGCGACAGCCCGGAUAAUAAAUACAGAGUGUUUAUUGGGCCUCAGACCUGCAGCUGCGGCAGAGGAACGUUCUGCAUCCAUCUCCUCUUCGUCAUGUUACGGGUGUUUCAGCUGGAGCCUUCAGAUACGAUGCUGUGGAGGAAAACCUUGAAGAAUUUUGAAGUUGAAAGUUUGUUCCAGAAAUAUCACAGUAGACGUAGCUCAAGGAUCAAAGCUCCAUCUCGUAGCACCAUCCAGAAGUUUGUGUCACGCAUGUCAAAUUCUCAUACAUUAUCCUCAUCCACCACCUCCACAUCUAGCUCAGAUACCAGCAGCAUCAAAGAUGAAGAUGAACAGAUGUGCCCGAUCUGCCUGCUGGGCAUGCUGGACGAGGAGAGCCUGACUGUAUGUGAAGAAGGCUGCAGAAACAAGCUCCACCACCACUGCAUGUCCAUCUGGGCAGAGGAAUGCCGGCGAAACAGAGAGCCUCUCAUCUGCCCUUUGUGCCGCUCAAAAUGGAGAUCUCAGGACUUCCACAGUCAUGACCUGCCGGGCCCUGUGGACUCUCCCCCUAUCCAUCGUGCUGCCCAGCAGCCGCCCCUCCAGCAGUCGCCCACAGCUGGAUCCCAAAGAAGGUCCCAGGACUCCAACCUAAACCUCACUCAUUACGGGGUGCAGCAGAUUCCUUCCUCGUACAAAAGCACAGCUGAGCCCUGGAUUCAGGUUUUUGGAAUGGAGCUGGUCGGCUGUUUGUUCUCCCGAAACUGGAAUAUUCGAGAAAUGGCGCUGCGGCGCCUCUCGCACGAUGUCAGUGGGGCCCUGCUGUUGGCUAAUGGUGAAAGCACUGGAACGUCCAGUAGUGGCGGCGGCACACCUGGCAGCGCCGCGCCCCACUCUGCCGGUGGCUCAUCUCAGUCCAGUAUCUCAGGGGAUGUUGUGGUGGAGGCGUGCUGUAGCGUGCUGUCCAUGGUGUGCGGAGACCCCGUCUACAAAGUCUAUGUCGCUGCUUUAAAAACCUUAAGAGCCAUGUUGGUGUACACUCCCUGCCACACGACCACCGAACGGAAGAAGCUGCAACGACUUCUCGGUCCCGUCGUGGAAACCAUCCUGGUGAAGUGCGCGGAUGCCAACAGCCGCACAAGUCAGUUGUCAGUGUCAACACUACUGGAACUAUGCAAAGGACAAGCCGGGGAGCUGGCGGUGGGGAGAGAAAUCCUCAAAUCCGGUUCCAUUGGCAUUGGGGGUGUGGAAUAUGUCCUGAACUGUAUCCUGGCCACCAAGCCGGAGUCUAACAACUGGCAAGCGCUGCUCGGCCGUCUGUGUCUCAUCGACCGACUGCUGCUGGAAUUUCCUGCUGAAUUUUAUCCCCACAUCAUCAGUGGAGACGUCGUACAGGCCGACGCAGCAGUCGAGAGGUAUAGGAACCUGCUGUCCUUGCUGAACUUUGCAUUGCAGUCCAUUGACAAUUCGCACUCAAUGGUUGGAAAGCUGUCCCGCAGAGUGUUCCUGUGCGCGGCGAGGAUGGUGUCGCGGGUCCCCCACGUGUACGUCAAGCUGCUGGACAUGUUAAGUGCCACGAGCUCCACACAUUACAGCCGCAUGCGGAGACGGUUAAUGGCCAUCGCCGAAGAGAUGGACAUUAUGGAAGUCAUUCAGCAGGGGCUGGAAGAUUCCCAAACUUUCGAACACCGCAGGGAAGCUUUUGUGCAGCCCUCUGCCCCUGCAAACUCCCCUGUAACCUCACAGAGCAGUUCCCCCGAUCAUACUAUGCAGCUAUCAGGGAAGGUUGGGAAGGACCUCAGUGUCUCCAGAGCGGCUUCCAGCCCUGUGGACUUAAAUGAGACGCUAGAAGCCAUGUCCCUGGGACUCCCGCUGUCCACUGCCCCAACCGAGCAACCAAAGCCUGCCAUCCAGACAAAAUGCAGACCCCUAAGUCAAUGCUUGAACUCUCCCUCCUCCUCUCAGCCCCAUUCCUUGUUUCAGACGUUGCCUUCCCCUUCCUCCUCCACCCCAUCUGGGACAGCUGGCCCUGUCUCUGAUGUCGCCAAGCCCAAACCUCAGGGAUUUGCUCCCUGUAAACUCUCCUCUGCUUCCCCUCAGACUCAGAGGAAGUUUUCUCUUCAGAUUCAGAAACACCAUUCAGGGAGUAAAGAACCUGAAAAACUCUCGCCGGUUUUCACCCAAGCUAGACCACUGCCAUCUCCUCAGAUACACAGGCCAAAACCAUCCCGGCCCACGCCAGGCGAGAUGGGCAAACCUGGACAAUCUCCGAAGGGCAAUAUGGCUCUAGAGCUUAAUGUUUCCCACGGUGACAAUAGUGGGAGUAGUAGUACCAAUGCUGUGAUUCCUAGUGACGACACUGUGUUCACGCCUGUGGAGGAGAAGAGUCGCUUGGAUGCCAACACGGAGCUUAAUUCCAGCAUGGAAGAUUUACUGGAAGCAUCCAUGCCGGCCAGCGACAGCACUGUCACCUUCAAAUCGGAGGUGGCCGUGCUGUCUCCAGAGCGGGCAGAGAUUGACAACACCUACAAGGAGGACGUCAGUCAUAAUGAGAAGUGCAAAGAGAAGAUGGAAGCUGAGGAAGAGGAGGCGCUGGCUAUCGUUCUGGCCAUGUCAGCUUCUCAGGAUGCUCUGCCGGUCAUACCCCAGCUACAAGUGGAGAACGGCGAGGACAUCAUCAUCAUCCAGCAGGAUACUCAAGAGACCCUGCCUGGUCAUACCAAAGCAAAGAAUCACUAUCGGGAGGAAGUGGAGUGGCUGAAAGGCCAGCAGAUCGGACUGGGAGCCUUUUCCUCCUGCUACCAAGCUCAGGAUGUUGGAACUGGCACCUUAAUGGCUGUAAAGCAGGUGACCUAUGUCAGGAAUACAUCCACCGAGCAAGAGGAGGUGGUGGAGGCUCUGCGGGAGGAGAUCCGUAUGAUGGGUCACCUCUGUCAUCCCAAUAUUAUAAGGAUGAUGGGGGCCACCUGCGAAAAGAACAACUACAACCUCUUUGUGGAGUGGAUGGCAGGCGGUUCCGUCGCUCACCUGCUGAGUAAAUAUGGAGCCUUUAAGGAAUCCGUCAUAAUCAACUACACGGAGCAACUACUGCGGGGACUGGCAUAUCUGCACGAGAACCAGAUCAUCCACAGAGACAUUAAAGGUGCCAAUCUACUGAUUGACAGCACUGGACAUCGGCUGCGAAUAGCCGAUUUUGGAGCAGCUGCAAGACUGGCCUCGAAGGGCACGGGUGCCGGUGAAUUUCAGGGCCAGCUACUGGGGACAAUUGCAUUUAUGGCACCGGAGGUGCUGAGGGGGCAGCAGUAUGGGAGGAGCUGUGACGUCUGGAGCGUUGGCUGUAGCAUAAUAGAGAUGUCCUGCGCCAAACCUCCGUGGAACGCAGAGAAGCACUCCAACCACCUCGCUCUGAUCUUUAAGAUUGCGAGUGCAACAACCGCCCCCACCAUCCCAGCUCAUCUCUCGCCCGGUUUGCGGGACGUUACCCUUCGGUGUCUGGAACUUCAGCCUCAAGACCGGCCUCCAUCUAGAGAGCUACUGAAACACCCGGUCUUCAGAACAAAGUGGUAGAAAAGACAGAGAAGAGAUCAAUGUCUUACACCUGCUACUGAGGAGGAGGAGGAGGGGCUCCUAAUAUCCGCGCCUGCCCCUGCCGAAAGCAAUAACCGCGUGUUAUGUAGCCACUCUGCACCUCGCAAGUCCAGGAGCGUACGCCCAUUGUUGGCCUAUUAGGAGGUUCAGUUCCAAAAUUGGGAUUUCCCCCGUUUUUUCCCUUUCUCUAUUUAAUAUGAGAAAUUCCGCCUCUCGGUGUCGGCCCUGCAAAAAAAUUUGCCGCAACGUCACCGAUUACAUGGCCAUAGAGAGGAUUGCAAUGUGUACAUAUUGUCUACACUGUACAACCCCCCCCCCCCCCCCCGACCACCCGCUCACUUCCUUCUCAUGUUUCAUAUACUUUUUAUAUAAUAAGGUAAUGUCAUUUCAUUUGAUCAUGUUGGGGAGGAUGGGGGUGUUUUUAUUUAAAUUUUUUAUGUUUUUUUUUUAAUUUCAUAAUUUUUUUUUUUCUCUCCGUUGUCCGUUUUCCUCCUUUUCAGAAGAGUAACCUGGAAACCUGGAAGUUGAAAAUCUCUAUUUUUGUGCUCUACUUUGUGGUCUUAUAAACCAAUAUCUUGAGUAUUUACUUGCUUCUCCCUGCCCCCUUUAUCCAAUGCUUUACCCUGCAGCUCCUCUUCAGGUUGGCUCCGCCCUAUGUCAAGAAGCCAAACCCACCGACAGAAAACCUUAUUGGUAAACAGUGGUGGCCUCUAGUGGAGAAAUGUAGUAUUACAUGGCGAUUAUUCAACCUUUCUCUCUGAUCUCCGUAUAUUCUGAUAGGGGUACUCCGGUUAUGUAAAACUUUUCCCCAUGCUGUGGAUAGGGGCUAAGUUUAGCAUAACUGGAGUAACCCUUUCUUGUAAGUGUUUGAUCAACCUGCCUAUGUUCCCCCUCCCCCCCUCAAAUCUUCAGAAUAGGACAUCUUGGCCCUCAAAUUUCGAGACAGACUGGUCUUGGGAGUGACUGCACAGGAUUGCAGGGGAGUCCCAGCUGUAGGACCCACUGCGAUCCGACACUUAAAUCCUGUGGAUAGGGGACGUUUUACAUAACCGGUUUACCCCUUUUGGUAUUAAAAGGGUACUCCGGUGGAAAUUAUUAUUAUUUUUUUUUUAAAAUCAACUGGUGGCAAUUACUUCUAUUAAAAAAAAAUCUUAACCAUUUCAGU